CCGGCAACAGACCUUCUAGGUUGCUCAGCCUCGCCACGAUCAUCUUGUCUUCCAAUUCAUUGCAGCAUCGCCGUCAACAUCAUCAAGAGCAUAGGCAAGAGACCUACUAGUCCCCUCAUCAUCAUCAGCGGUAACGCUCAGCUUAGCAGCGCACUUGCUGCCUACCGCCCGCUGCCACCUGGGCCGCCGAUUGACUCGACUCCACAUACCCAUCACCUAAACAACCAUCAUGUCGUCGCCCACGGGCAACCUCAUGUUCCAGGAGCUCAGCCAAGCAGAGGAUGCCGGUAAAGCGUCAGCAAUAUCACCAUCACCUGAGCCGGGACCUUCAAGACGCAAGCCAGCCAGCCGCUUCCAAAAGUCAGUGGCCAGCAUCACUGGCGCGACAGCCGUAUCUUUCAUCAUCACGCCUUUAGAUGUCAUCAAGACUCGAUUGCAGACGCAAGCCGCACCCGAGCCCCUCUUCCAGCCCUCAAGCCAUCUCCCCUCAGCGGCCAAGGGCAAGGCGCCGGCUACCAAUGCGGCAACAUGUUGUCAGCAGACCUUCUUCACGGGCGGAGUCAACGAGGAAAGCUUGACAUGCAAGUACGAUCCUCGGGUCGCUGGCAGUCAGCAGACGGGGCCGAGCGGAGAGGCCAGGACAACAUCUUCCUCAACAUACCGUGCUCGUUCCUCCCCUGCGACGCAUCCCCAGCACCCUCGAGCUCCCUUUGCACAUACAACUGCGUUUUCGCACCCAUCAGGCAGCGGUGCAGCUGCAGCUACAAUGCGGCUGCACCCUUCUUCGACGUGUGCAUUCCCCAAUCAAUCGGUCGCUGCAAUGGAGCUGGGGGCAUUGGGAAGUCAGAAUAGGAUGAAUGGCAUCCUCGAUGGGGUGACAAAGGUGGCGAGGGCGGAGGGGAUACGAGGUCUCUUUAGGGGCCUGAGCCCUACAUUGAUGAUGGCAGUGCCAUCGCAAGUCACCUACAUGGGAUGCUACGACGUCUUCCGCGCCUUCUUCCUCUCCUUCGAAACACCAGUCAAGCGUCCACCCAGUGCCAUCAGCAACGCAGCGGCAGCCAGCAACAUCACCUCACAGACAGUCCUGACCUCCCUAGUAGCUGGCGCACUCUCGCGAGGGUGCAGCGCCACCCUGGUCACGCCUCUCGAACUCAUCCGCACCCGUUUGCAAGCAUCGGACGCCUCCCAUUCUUUGACGUCCAUCGUCCGCUCCCUCGGCACUCAAGUCAGGCAAGAAGGAUCACAUGUCCUCUUCCGCGGCCUGGCUUCGACCCUUUGGCGCGACGUGCCCUUCUCUGCCAUCUACUUCAUGGGAUACGAGAUGAUGAAGCGUAGCAUGACGGGUGGUGCUGGCUUAGGCGAAGGGGAGCUCAAGGGUGGGCUGGAGGAGUUCGGAAUCGCCUUUGUGAGCGGGGCCACGAGUGGAAGUGUGGCUGCCGUGUUCACGCAGCCCUUUGACUUGCUCAAGACGAGACAGCAGGCGAGACAGCAAGAGCACUCUUCCUCAUCCUCUGCGGUCACCAGGGGCUCACGCACGAUGCAGGGCUUGAAGACCAUUGUUGCUGAGGAGGGGUGGAAGGGCUUGUUCAGGGGACUGAGCCCGAGGAUGGCAAAGGUGGCCCCGGCGUGUGGCAUCAUGAUUGGAAGCUAUGAGGCGGUGGGGACGCUCUUUGCCAUGGCAGGCAGCGAAUAACAGGAAAUCAAAGAUAGACUCAAUAUGGCAACCAUCGCAUGAAUCUUGUAAUACCAUUCAAUAUCCAGCAG